ACUAAAAAAUUUGAUUUAAUAAAAAAAUAUUAUAUGAUUUCAAAAAAAUAUUCAAUAUAAUAAAUAUAAAAAUAAUAAAAAAAUGUAUUAUUGAAUUGUAAAUAAAAAUAUUUUUAAAAAAUUCCAUUAAAAUAGUAAGCAAAGUGUGAACAAUACUAAAAAUUCCAAAAACAAAAUAACCUGAAUAUUUUGUAGAACAAAAAUAAAAAAUGCUCUAAAAGCAAAGUUACUGUAAAGUUUACACUUUUAUAAGCUUCCAUGACCGUUUACUUACGUGCAACACUGUUAAAAGCAUAUUAAGACAAAAAAGUGCAAGAAAACAUACAAAAAGUUAAGCGCUCACUGACUGACUAACUGAUAAAUACAACAAAGCAGCAUACACCUACAUAUUGCAUACAAUACAUUAAGCGCCGGGGCGUAUACGUAACCCCUCCGUACAAAGCAAAUAAAUGGAAUAAAAGCACUGUGCAGCGAAGCGAAGUCAAGUGCAUGUAAUGAUAUAAAGAAGCAAGAACAGUAAAUGGAAGGGAAACAACAAAAGAAAACUUUAAAAAUAAAACAAAAACAACAAUGAAUAAAUGCAAUAAAACUAGUGUGUGUCAGUAAAUUAUUGACGAUACGCAAGUGUGAAGUGAAGUGUGGGGAAGCGAAGGGGAAGAGUAAUGGAAAAGAAACGCAGUGGAAUACAGAAAAAAAGAAAUUAAAGAAAACUUGCAAAAAAUUAAACUUAGAAAGUAAAUAAAAUACAAAUAAUGAAGUUUACGAGCAGCCGGCGGCAGCAAAAAGCUGCAAAGGUGGAGCAAAGUGAAAGCCAGAGAGGGAAGGAGAAUAUAAAAAUUAGUAAUUGAUAAACAUUUGUUGUUCUAAUGCAAUGCAGCAGGCGGUGAAAAGUUAAAUAAAGUGCGGACGUGAAAGAAAACAGUAAGAAAAAACAAAAAAAAAAAUAAAAAAUAAAGUAAAAAUGAAUAAAAAAGCUUCUGGCAACUAUUUGCUAGAAAAGACGUGGCAAGUGCAGCAAAAUGGCACAACAGAGGCAGCAAAUUAAAUAUCAAUAGUGUUAUUGUGGCAAACAAAGCAUUAGUGGAAGUAACUACGAGGUGUAAUGUAGGUGGUUGCGACUGCAAGAGCCAAAAGUGAGACGGACAGAAAAAAAUCCAACACAUGCACCACGAAAGGUGAAGAAGCGAACAUUUCAAAUUACUAUCCGUGCAAUGUUGCUGCAGGCGGGGCCGGCCAUGGUGCCCGCGACGCCAAACAGCGAUAAAAUGUGUUGUUGUAGCGAAAACAACAAUCACCACAACCCUGCCGAAGAAGGCUCAACACGGAAACCCCACUUUACUUGCGCCACUUGCCACCAACUGCGGGCCAGCAGCGUUAAAAAGAAUACAUAUAGCAUACUCUUAGGCGCUAUGUCUGAUGGUGGCGCCAAACCCGCGUUAGUACGACACUUACGGCGUUGGCAAGCGUGUCGUCGACGUAGGCGACGCAGAAAGGGAGGCGGAGCAAUGAGAAAUGCAUACAAGAACAACAACAACAAUGGCAUACAACGUUGUAAUAAGCAAGCGCGGAUGGCACGAACACCACGUGCAAUGCAUGCAACAACUACACGCGGUGCUAUUGAAAAGCGAAAAUUAAGAAAACGCAUAAUCAGUAGCAUGGCUACAAGCAAUUGCAGGAGCUCAGCAAUGGCGGCGCGCUUGUUGCUUGCGGAUUACAACGACAGCGCUGUGUUGCAAGCGCGUAACAGUAAUUGCCUGCGAGCAAGAACAAUAACAAGCGCAGUAGCGGCUGCCAGUAUGGCACUGGAAAGCAGCGCAGCACCAAAAGCGCUGUUGGGCUUGCGUAGAGCGAGAGCAACAGCAACAACAACAACAGUAAUAAGGCCGUUGUCGAAAUUGGUGAAAUGUGAGCGCCCGAUAAAAGUGCACAAACUAGCAACAACGACGGCUGUACGACAGCCAACACCGUUAGUAUGCCUGCAUCAACAACAACAACAAGAGCUCCAAACUAGGUUGCAAGUUGACAGCGCACCAAUACUGCGUGCCCUUAGCCGCGGCAAACCCGCUGGUGUACCGUUAGAACAACAGCUUAUCACACGUGAGUUCCGAAAUAAGCAGCUGCCACAACAACAGCAACAACAACACUGCCUUCAACUAACAACAACUGCUGCGGCACUACAGCGACCAGCUGCCAAAGCAAACUACUUGCAACAUCGAAGUUGGCGAAAUUUAAUUGGAUGUGUGGCAAGCACAUGUCCAACAACAACAGCUACCGUAAUAAAUACGAUCACAGCAGCAGCAGCAACAAACGUUAUUGCAUCAGCGCCAGCAACAGCAAUAACAACCACAAAAAGUGAACCCAAUUGCAACGCGCAUUGUUCGGUUGUCUCCGUUGUAGCCACAAAAAUGUCAACUACUCGUGCGCUGUCUGCCAAGCAAGACGAUGCGAAAGCAACAACAACAAAAUCCGUGUGUGUAGAAACGAAAAAAAAUAUAUCAGCGCAGCAGCCUCAUGUUGUGUCGUGUGUCAUUGUGCGUAAAUCCAAGUGUCGAAGUACAAUCGCGUUGACAAGCGCAUUAACAGUGAUGGUGAAAACAGCAGCAGCAGCAUCAGCAAGAAAAGCGAAAAAAGCAAUUCAACCAGCAAAAUCGACAAAGCGCGAUAAACCAACACAAAUAAAAUUAGUUAGAAGCAGAGCAACGACAACAACAACAGCAACGCUGUUUGGUAAUAUUUUCACAAUACUUGUCGGUCUGCUGACGCUACAUGCCACUGUGCUGCGCUGUCUCCUCUUCACCGCACUGACGGCGGCAACUGCUACGGUGACGGCCGCGCCGUUUGUGGCGCAAAACUCAUUGCUCUUGCUGUCACAACAAAGGCUGGGGCAACACUCGCACAACAACAACAACAGCGCGAGUAGUGGUAGCAGCAGUAGUAGCACCUUUCCUUCGACUUCAGCGCAUAAUUACAAUCACCGACACACAAUGCUGCCCGCCACGCUCGCGUCUCCCGCAACGCUGCCACCGCCAUUGGCAUCGCCACCAAUACAUACCAACCGUAUGAUGGAUAUUGAGGUGUUGAACGGCAGCAGUUACUCCGACACCUUGAAGAGUCUCUCUUCCACCAUCGAGGAUGCGGAGGCGGCGCAGGGUGACGUAAAUCAGCUGCCAAUCUUUGACUUUGGCUUGCCGCGUAAUAUAACGGCACGUACCGGUCAAGCGGAAGCUGCAAUUAAAUGUCGAGUCGAGCGAUUGGACGAUAAGUCGGUCUCGUGGAUACGUAAACGUGAUUUGCAUAUACUGACCGUAGCCACGGCGACGUACACAUCGGAUAAACGCUUUCAGGUGACUUCGUCGAAAGAUGGACGCGAAUGGACGCUGCAUGUGAAAUCGCCGCAGGCUCGUGACACCGGCAUCUAUGAAUGUCAAGUGAAUACCGAACCAAAAAUGUCCAUGGCAUUUCAAUUGAAUAUCAUUGAGAUACCCGCCGAUUCGCGCGCCAUCAUCAGCGGCCCGGCCGAUCUGCAUUUCAAAGUCGGCAGCGCAAUCAUACUCAGCUGUCAUGUGCAACAGCCGAGCGUUCGUGAUAUUGGACCGAUUUAUUGGUAUCGCGGCGAGCAUAUAAUUACGCCAUUCGAGCUGGACGAAGAUGAAGAGAGCAACAGCGCCACUAACAACAACAACAAUAAGAACAAACAUAGUCAUGGCAACGUUGGCGGUGACAUGUCUACGCCACCACUGACGGGCAAUGAGCUGGCUGCUGAUGUGACAGCGCCGAUAACAAAUGCCAAGGCAUUGACUGCUGCUGCUGCUGCUGCUGCUGGUGCCUCGAGCGCAAUGGCGGUCACAGCGCUGCACGAUGGCUUAAGCAACGACAUAACGCCGGACUUCACGGCGCGCAUCGCCAUGGAAUCACAGUUGGGCGACACAAUGAAAUCAAGGUUGCGCAUCUCGAAUGCACAGACAACGGAUACAGGGAAUUACACUUGUCAGCCGACAACGGCGAGCAGUGCCAGCGUCAUGGUGCACGUGAUUAAUGAUGAAAAUCCGGCAGCCAUGCAAAAAAGCAGCGCCAGCUCGAUGCGCGUAAUAACAACAACAAGAAGAACAAGCUUGGAAGCGCGACUGCCGCUACUGUUACUAGCAGCAAUAACAACAAUAAUAAUAGAAACACUAAUGACAAGGGCGAGUGUAAUAACGCGAACAACAGAAGCAACAAUGGCAAUAAUAGCAACAACAACAACAACGUUGCUGGUAACCUACUUAGCUGGAGUAUGGCCACUGCAGGAACAACUACAGGGCACGAGUCAGGAAGCGCAGAAAGUGAAUUGGCUACGCCAACAACAACAAAAACCGCGACAACAACAACAACAAAAGCUUUAGCGAUUGUGUUAGCAGCAGGCAUAGCAAAUAUUCUGCACAUCCUUUGGGUAUCCUUCGCAAUGUCUUGAGCACUGCUCUUUUGUGAUAGUUGUUAUUGUUGUUAGUUUUGUUUUGUUUGCUUUGGCGUUUACGUUUCUUAUUGCAUUAUUCUAAUGACGCACUCAUCUUACUAAAAGUAUAUGGAAACUGACACGCGCACAUACCCACAUGCACCAUCGUCUUCACACACACACACAGAAGCACUCGCACGCACACAUACACAAACACUUUGUUGCAGCUGCUCAACUGCUGAAGGCCAAUGCUGUUAUUGUUGGUGUGACGUGGGCUGCUGGCGACACUGUCAGUCCAGUGCUCCAACAACAACAACAACUACAAUAAUAUUAUUAUUGCGACUGUCAGGUGGCAGGAGCUUCUUGAUGCUUUCGGUUAAUAUGCGCUUGUCGGUGGCAGCUGGCAACAAGCUCAUCAAAAGCAGAACCAACAGCACCACCACGAAUGUGGCGGCAACCAACUAGCAGCUGAAGCAGCUUGACGUAGGCUGGAUUGCCAAUUGCAGGCUCAUCCGCCGUUUGGUCUUGGACUUCCACUUGUUCUCCUCCUCCAAUUACUCCUCUGAGCCAUUGCCGUCCAUCGGUCGGUUCAAUAGCUUAACGCUAAUGCCGGCACAUGGACUCUGCCACAGCAGCAACUCCUCAGUCCGUGACAGGACCACAAUCUGCAUUAUCUCUGUGGCAUUGUUGCCGCUUGCCGACGCAUUUCAACUGUAAAGCAGCGUCGGCGCACGCAGAAGACGCCUAACAAGCUGACGUCUGGGAAAAUAUCAUUGAAGACGACUAAAGACUACCUACCCACAGACUCACAAACACACACACACAUGCAUAUUACAUUUGCCCCAAACAUCAUGCAGAAGCAGCCUUGAUUGCUGCCAUGGCUCUUCUGAACACUGGUUACUUGGAAUGCUGAUUGCCCAACACCUCGGAGCUGAGCUGAGGUAAGUCUUUGGGGUGUGGUGGCGGUGCUUAAGUAAAUUUAAAUACGAAACGAAAAAGAAACAAAGCGGAAACAGCAAAAUAAAUAGGAUCAAAUAUAGCAAAUAAAUAUAUACAGGGUGUAGGCCUAACUUAUGUCGGAGAGGGGUACAAGUGUAGGCAGCCAAAAUGGCAAACCGCUUAAAUAUUUGCAUUUCAUUUUGCUAAAAGCCCAAUGAAGCAAGUGAAAACAAGAACAUAUGACGAUUUUAUAUAAUAUUGUACUUGAGGCACAGUGUUGCCAAUCAUUGUCAAAAACAGUUCCACUAUUUUUAGCUUAGAUUUGGGGAAUCUAUUUCUUCGAGUUCUAUUUGCUGCCGAAAUCCAAAUCUAUAGCAACCUUCUUCUACGAUAGCUUACCCAAUCUUUAGACAAAGCGAAUACGCCUUGAUAUGACAGAAUUUGUCUUAGUAAGCCGAAACUUGUUCAAAACCCCUCUUAAAUGUGUAGAAGAGGUAUAUAAAUAUUUUCGUCCUCCGAAAUUUUCUGCUAUAAUGGAACCCUCUUUCGUAUUUCAAUAUACUAUAAAAUGAUAGAGACUGUUCUCGAUUAAAUUAAAAUUCGUUUACGUGUAAUAUUCGGAUAGUUAAAAAAGGUUGAGUGUUGCCACCUGAGGCAAAUUUUAAAUUUAUUAAUUUUUAGAAAUGUUAACGUUAUAGAAGCUCAACUUUUUAAUAAAAAAUAUAAAAGGGUUGCCACCUGUUUCAAAUUUCUUUUCAUUAGUUGAAUGAAAUAUUACAAUGAGGCAUCAUGGAAAACAAAUUUAAAAAGUAUUUUUAUGCGAGAGAUUUUUAAAAAGAGUUGCCACAUCUUUGAAAAGUUUAUUGAAAACAAAUUGCCACACCAUAAAGGUUGCUGAAAAAUCUUCAAAAAUUUAAUUACAAAUAUUUUCAAAUUUCUAAAUUUCCAAUGGAUCUUUGUGUGUCGUAUAUGGAGAACCUUUUUUCAGAUAAUGCUUACAUUUUUUCAAAAAUUCCAAAAAAAAAAACAUAUUGACAUCUUUGUACAAAAAGGGUUUGAAAGUCAGAACCCCAAUAUUUCGGACUUUCUCUCAUGCUUGUAAACAAAGCAUAACAUCUCUGAUGGAGUUUCAUCUUCCUUUUCAAUCAAUCCGACUACAACGAAAAAUCUUCCCCUUGAACAUUUUCCUACGCCACUGCAAAAUAUUAUAUUUACAAUAAAGUGGACAACGAAACAAUUCAGAUUAUAAUUUAGAAAGACAAUACUUGCCACUUGAGAGGGGCGGCUAGCGCAGGUUAAACAUACCGUAUUUACAUACUUCAGAAAUGUGGCCAUCAAAAAUAUGUGCGCAGUCAAUCACAAUAAGCACAAAUUUGAUUGAUAAAUGCCGAGUUGGAAUGCGAAGCUUUCAGCUGUCGAUAAACAAGGUAGUCGACCGGUAAAUAUGUAAUCAAUGGCUAACAAGCGGAAGCAAAAGAAAAUGAAGGCACAAUUCGAAUGUAAUCAAAGAGGGACAAAGAAAAUGGAGCAAUCAGUUGGAAAAGCAACAAUGAGAGCACGUGACAACGCAAUUUUUCUGAUUGCUACUGACGGUAUCCACAAUAAUUUCCUUAAUAAUUUAUAUUUUUGGUCAGCAUAGUUCAACUUAUUUAUGGCUCGAAUAAUUUAAUGUAUAAAAGACCUCAAUAUGGCUUUUAUUAGAGUAAUUAUCCACCUAUUUAUCCGAGCUCGAGCAGCUUCAUAUCAAAGUUGCCACACUUCAUCCUUUGUUAGUCACUUUUCCAUAUAACAUAAUUUGUUAAAUUAAGAUUUACGAACCUCUAGAGUGCAUAAACUACUAUUAUCAUAUAAAUAUGUGCGACUACAACUCUGUAAGUUUCAAAAUUUUGCCAGUUCUCGUUACCCUUUUUCCUCAAGUUUCAACCGGAUUAGACUCAUUACAAUAUUUAUUCGGGAUUAUCAUGUUCCAAACAUUUUGAAGUCAUAUUGUGGAAAUAGUUAUAGAAUGCUCUCUGCAAAUAAAAGCUUCAGAAAUAUCCUCAAAAAAUUACUGAGGCUUUAAAAGUGAUUUCGCUUGGGUACCCCCUCCUUAGCACUGAUAAGUGUCGAUUUGCCUGUCACGCUGCUUUUAUGGGAAGUGUUUUAACAGGGUAAUAAGUGAAAUGGGUAGAAAAUCUUUUGCAAAAAUUUGGCAUCUCAUCCUUUCUUAAAUACCAUAUGUUGUUUUUUUUUUUUUUAAUUUUUUGGAAUUUUUCAUUUUCGAAAUGGGGGCAACUCUGGUUUAAAGAUUUUUUAUGUAAAUUUUCUUAAGAAUGUCAAGUGGAUGUCAAAGUUCUGAGGUUAUAUAAUGCAGGAAAUUUUAUUUUUCAGUCGGGUGGCAACUCUUCGAAAAACAUUCAAACUUUGCUGUGACCCACCUUUGCUAUAGAACAAACAGAGUAGUUCAACCGUAUCAGUUGAUCAGUGAAGUAUGCUCAAUCAGCCAUUACUCCAUCGGCACAAACGAGUAAUUUGAAAUAAUUUUUCAAGUAAUUAAUAUUGCCAUACGUUCCCUAUUGAAAUGCGUUAACCCGUCAACUACCUACUAUGAACUUAUUUUGUCAUUUUGGAUGAUUUUGUGAAGAGCUGAAAAAAACACUCUUAAUUGUUAACUAUCACCAACUAGCCAACUUAAAAAGGGUUUCUUAGUUCAAAAAAAAGCCUAAAAGAAGAGAGCACAAGUUGAGAGCGUAAGAAGCAGAGACUGGUUUCUGCUAGCAGAAAAUAUCUAUUGUCGUAAGAAGGAACAGCUGUUAAAUGAAUGUGUAAAUAACCCUGCAAGCCACCUAUCAGUUAAAUAAUCGGUUAAUUAGCCAACCAGUGAUUUCUGUUCUGUUUCUGUUCUGCUUCUGUUCUGUUUCUAUGAGUUUCUUAAGGGUCAAUUGACAAUUCUAACCGAAAGUCUUGUGUGUUUGCGUGGGAGAGUGACUUAUCAGUUCACACAUACUUAUACUUUCUAAUAGCUAGCAGCUACUAGCACUUAUAAAAGGAUCUUAGCAUUUUACAGAAAGGUUAAUACGGUUGUACCUAAUAUUCUUUAUUUUUCAUAAAUUUUGCACCUAUUAACCCUCCGACUGCUUCAAACAUAUAAAUUGAAAGUAGGCUUAUAAUACAUUUUAUAAAAUAUAUAAAACAUACAAUUUUUCCGAGUUAAAUUACUUUUGAAUUUUUGUUUUGUUUUUUGGUUUAACUUUUUUUGUUUUGUUUUAAUAUUACUUUUUCUCACAUUUUUUUAGAGUGCAGUAGGAUGUUAGGAUUACUAUUAGCAUAAUAUAAAGAUAUAGUUAAUUAAAAAAAAAAAAACAAUAGUU